AUGGCGUGUCGCGGAAACAGAAAAGUUAGCGACACCAGCGAGGACGAAGACAUCGCUUCUGCAAUGGUGAAAGAUCGUCGAUUCGGCUUACAGCUGUACAUUUACGACCCAUCUGCGUCGUCUUCAUCUGAAGGCGACGGGGACGGGCCGGACACGCCACCACCAGCCCGUCGUGUGGGCUCCGCGAAUUGGUGCUCUUGCAACGGCUGCAGAGCGAUGCUGACGGACUACGAGUCCCUGUGCUGCCGAGAGGUUGACCGUGCAAGAGAGCUCUGCCAGGACCAGGGGGUGUCCUGUAUCACCAAGCACCCCUGGUUCGAGCUCUACUGCCUGAACAGGCCAGUGCUGGACCUGGCGUAUGUCACAAUGCAAUACUUCUGCCCUUUGGAUGCGGGGAACCGGACCCAAGAGGAGAAGUACCGCUACACGGCAUACCACCAGUUCACCUGGUGGGUGCACAAGAGGCUGGGGCGGGGAAACCAAGUGGUGCUGCCCAGCUGCGUAGUCUGUCGGAUUCGGCAAGAAUUCCCGUCCACAGAUGGGACAUACAGGGGGUUCAAAAAAUAA